AUGAUCAAUACUAAGCUUCCAAACUGGGAGGUUGGGCCACGAUACCGACUUGUUCGGCGUAUUGGAAAAGGAACCUAUGGCUCAGUUUGUGAAGCUAUCGAUCUUCAAACUAACCAAAGAGUUGCCAUCAAAAAUGUCAAAGCUCUUUUCGAUGAUGUUAUAGAGGCAAAGCACAUGCUUAGAGAGAUUUCUAUCAUGAGAACUCUUAAUCACAUCAAUAUCAUCAAAAUCGUCAAUAUUUUUACCCCAAGCGCAUCUCAAGAGUUCAAUAAUGUAUACAUCGUCAUGGAGCAUGCCGAAGCCGACCUUAAAAAACUCUCAAAAUCUCCUACAUAUCUCGAACAUAACCAUAUAAAGCACCUCAUGUACCAAGCUGUCUGUGGAAUGCGCUAUAUGCACUCUGCAAAUGUGCUGCAUCGUGAUAUUAAGCCUGCAAAUAUUCUAAUUAAUUCCAAUUGCACCCUCAAAAUAUGUGAUUUUGGACUAUCAAGAUCAUAUAGAAGCUUGAAUCAGAAUUUCGAAAGUCAAGCUGAAAAUAAUAUGAAUGAAGAAAGAGAUAUGAACGCUAGAGGGUUUCAAAAAGGAUUUAAAAGGAUUUUAACAGGCCAUGUCGUUACACGCUGGUAUAGAGCUCCUGAAGUGAUUUUGCUUGAAAAAGAAUAUGGAAAAGAAAUGGACGUUUGGAGCUUAGGUUGCGUUUUCGCAGAAAUGCUGCAAAUGAUAAGAGAAAAUAAUCAGGAAUUCAUAGAAAGAUGCCCAUUAUUCCCAGGAAAAAGUUGCUUUCCUCUUUCCCCAGAUUUAAAUACAGCCAACAUGAGAGCAGGGUAUCCCUGUUCUGAGAGCGACCAAUUAAAUGUGAUUUUUCAAAUAAUCGGAACUCCUUCAGCAGAGGAUUUAAGAUUUAUUUCAGACGAAAAAGCAAUUAGAUAUGUACAAUCAUUUCCUUUCAUCCCCUCUAAAGACUUGAGAGAAUAUUUCCCAGCAUGCACUGCAGAAGAAAUUGAUUUGCUGCAAAGGCUUUUAACAUUUUCUCCUCAUAGAAGAAUUACUCUUGAUCAAGCCUUGCAGCAUCCUUAUUUUGCUAUGAUUAGAGAUCCAAAUUUGGAGAGGCUGGCAGAAACGCCUGCUGAUUUUAUUUUUGAUAGAGAUACUGAUAUCGACAUGCAGACGUUAAGAGAUUUGUUCAGAAGAGAGAUAAACAGAUAUAAUCAUAUUUAA